AUGAUUGAAAAUGUCGAUGGAGAGAUUGUUCUUUUCCAAGACUCAUUCGUCUUGCGCCAGCGCUAUGCCGAGGAUGAACAUAACAUCACUAUCGCGGUUCCGAUGUUUGAGCCCCCCAAAUUACUACAUAUCUGUUGUCUCCGACCCAGUCACCAGUUUUCUCGUGGGCUCGAAACAGUGGAAUGA